AGUGUGUUCACGCAUUUUGAUACUGACGAAAUUCAGUUUUCUGUUUUUGUAAUCUGGUUUUUGAUUGGCUAUAGUUUGCCAGUUAUCCCUCUAUGCGCGCACGCAUUGACAAACUGAACACUGCCUUUGUUGAUCCCGAGAUGAGUUGAGUUAGAAAUCAAAAUACGGGAUACUUUGCGUCGUAAUAAUUCGGGUGUGGUGUCGUGAUUAUCUUGGAAGUUUUUUGGUGUAUUUGAGAAAGGAAGUGGAAGUGAAGAGUCGAAGACAUAUUUAUCCACAUUUCAAUUUAUUGAUACCGCUCUUACAGACGGGAGCAUUUCGAUUUGAGUCCUGCUUCUCUCCGUAGCUGGCUACAGUCCAAAAUGUUCAGUUCGGGACCCAACUACAACAAAUUGAAGACCAAUCUGAGAUUGGCAGUCAACAGAUUAAAACUUUUGGAAAAGAAAAAGACAGAGUUGGCCCAGAAAGCAAGGAAAGAAAUCACAGACUAUAUUGUGGCAGGGAAAGCAGAAAGAGCAAAGAUCAGAGUUGAGCACAUUAUUCGUGAAGACUACCUGGUGGAGGCAAUGGAGAUAGUUGAAUGUUACUGUGAUAUGCUUCUGGCCAGAAUGGGACUCAUCCAGCAGAUGAAAACUCUGGAUGAGGGUCUUGCGGAGCCAAUAUCAAGCAUCUUGUGGGUGGCGCCACGGAUGCAGGCUGAUGUGGCGGAGCUGCAGGUCAUCUCAGCUCAGCUGACCGCUAAGUAUGGCAAGGAGUACUUGCAGGCAUGCAGAGAAAACAGUUUGGGCACAGUUUCUCCAAAGCUGAUGCACAAACUGUCAGUGCAGGCUCCUCCAAAGAUUCUGGUUGAAAAGUAUUUGAUCGAGAUAGCAAAGAACUACAAUGUGGAGUACGAGCCAGACCCAGGAGUGAUGGCAAAUGAGGGAGUGGUCAACUCUGAUGGAAUGCUCAUCAACCUGAAUGAUGACGAAGAUAACAGGGGAGAUGGUGCAGGUGGGAGCAGUGGAGGUGCCGGUGGUGGUUUCCCUGAGCCCACAGGAUCUGCAGCAUUCAACCUGCCAGGUGUCCCAUCCAAUGGUUCUGGGCCACCGCCUCCCCUGGGCUUCGUGGACCCAAAGACCAUGAGCGCGCCCAGUGGCACUGGAAUGCAGUAUCCGCUCCCUGAAGCUCCAUACAAUCCUUAUGCUGUCAAGUCUGUGCCCUCAGAGCCUGAACGUCAAGAGAAGACCUCAAACGUCAACUUCAACUACCCUACACCAGCCCCGAGAACCAGCACAGAUGAUGCCCUGAACCUGCCUGAUGUCCCUGCUGGACCGAACACCUUUGGACUACCUAGCCCUCAUGGUGGCGUCCCCAACCUACCGCCGCCAGGCACGGAUGAUGAGACCAACUUUGAUGACCUCACAAAGAGGUUUGAGGCACUGAAGAAGAAGAAGUAAUGUCUCACUAUUCUGCUUGUUGGGUUCAUACUACUUUUACUCUAUAGAGGUGGACUGUGACUCAUGCUUGUUGGGUCUGGUGUGGCAAGCUGUGGCAGCUGCCUUGUGCAGACCAUACCUUAGCAUGGCAAAAUGUGGAGAUGAAGAGAGUGAUAACUGAUAUCUGGUAUAUAUUUUGAGAUGGUCACACUGUGAAAGUGUACCUUCCAUAUAGAUGACAGUUCAUUUUAUCUGAUCUUGUUUUUGUCCUCUAUGUCUAUUUCCCUCUUAGUGAGAACUGAUUGACAGUAGCCAGAAUUGGAGUUAUCAUUAGGCAUUCUGCACUCUGCAGCAGAUGUGAGAAAACUGACAUUGCCUAGUGCUGUGAGUGGUAUGCUGGCCACUUGAGUGUGCAGUUUGUGUUCAUAGCAGGAGAUAGGAUAGUCUGUCCAACUAGUUCAACUGCCUGCUAUGGAAAUGCUGAUGCAUUUUCUUAAACACACCCUCUAAACUUUUCUGGAGUUAUGUUAUAACAGUGGAUGUAUCUUUGGGAGAAAUCUGCUUAUGGUGCCUCACUGGAUCUGCUUAUUUUGCUUCCAAAAGCACAUUAAUAUGCUGGCUGAAGUUCGCUGCCAAUCAACAAUUAUCACUGCUCGUAUGCUUGUUGCUGUUGACGUUUCAGCUAUGCUUGGCAAUGUUUCAGACAGAUGCCUAGUAAGGCAGUAACAAUAAAUUACCUAUAAAA